UUGUAAAUAUGUACUUUAGCUCAGUUAGAACAAUUAUUCAUGUCUAAAUUACUGAAACAUAUCACGAAAAUGUCGACUAUCGACAAGAAUUUGCUCAAAAGCAAAUUCAGAGGCUCUCUAUUAGGCUCAUUACUAGGUGACAGUUUAGGUGCCCCCUUUGAAGGUGAUGUAAUAACGUCGGGGGAAAAACUCGUCAUUCAGAAAUAUUUCGAUAAAUUGGAAACUCCGGAUUUGAAAGGGCCCAAAAGGUGCUACACGGAUGAUACCGCAAUGAUGAAAGAAGUGGCAAAAAGCCUAAUUGAUAAACCUGAGAUUGAUUAUAAAUACAUGGCGAAAUUAUUCGCGAAAGAGUACUUUUCAGAGCCUCGUAGAGGUUAUGGCCAAAAUGUUGUUGAGGUUUUUAAUAAAUUGAGGAAAUCAAAGUUUGAGGAUAUCUUUAAGCCAGCAAAGGAACAGUUUAACGGGUCUGGCUCUUUUGGCAAUGGGGGUGCAAUGAGAAUUGCUCCCGUAGCACUAUAUUUCUAUAAUAAUUAUGAUGCUAUGAUAGAAGUUGCAAAAAAAUCAACAGCAAUAACGCACACUAAUUAUUUAGGGGUUCACGGGGCUGUUUUGCAAUGCAUUGCAGUCCAUCAGGCUUUAUCUUAUGACCCUAAAGAUGCAAUUCAACCAAAAGAAUUUUGCGAUGAAAUUAUUAAACAAAUUAAGGUGGUGGAAAGUGAAAAUGAUGAUGGAUUGGGCUUAGAUGAUCAAAACCCAUAUGAGGAUAAAUUGAAAACCGUUGGUUACUUUAUGGACAUAAAAUAUCAUGAGGAAUUGGACGAAGAAGUUGCACAAAAUUUGGGAAAUUCUAUAGCAGCGUAUGAUUCAGUUCCAACUGCGAUUUAUUCUUUUUUGAGAGCUGUGCAAAAUGAUAUUCCUACUGUUAAAACUGAUAAUUUAUUUAGGAGGACGAUACAAUAUGCAGUUACAUUAGGUGGUGACACUGAUACUAUUGCAUGUAUGGCGGGUGCUAUAGCUGGGGCUUACUUAGGAGAAGACGCUAUUGAUAAGAAUAUGGCCAAACAAUGUGAGGGUUACGAAAUGAUCGUAGAUUUAGCUGAUAAGUUGUACGAAGCGGCUGUGAAAUGAAUACAAUGAUUAUAAUAAUAAAUCAAAAUUUUAAA